AUGACUCUGGCCAUUGCUGGUUUUGACGUUGCCCAGGCCCCGGCCAUUCCGCCGGAGGAGGAGGCUGCCAACCAAGUGGCUCCAUUUCAUCCUUCCACCCAGGAGCUCCCAAAGGGCUUCCGGAAAAGUGAGAAGAAUGCCGCAUUUCCUGUAGACACCAUUUUUGAACGGGAUGUGGCGGUCACCAUGAGAGAUGGCGUCAAGCUCUAUUGUGAUAUCUUCCGUCCUAAGGGCCGCUCUAACAUUCCAGCAAUUCUCAUCUGGAGCCCGUAUGGUAAAGGUGGCAAUGGGCCUCAUGGGUUACAUAUGAUUGAAGGUCGAUUUGGGGUCCCAGAAGAACGAUUAAGUGGAUAUGAGAAGUUUGAGGGCCUUGACCCUGCCGACUGGGUUGGUCAUGACUACGCAAUCAUUAACUUUGACCUGCGCGGAUGUUGGAACUCCGAAGGCACCAUCCCGUGGCUAGGAUCUCAAGAUGGUCGAGAUGGCUACGAUGCGAUUGAGCAUGUGGCUCAGUUGGACUGGUGUAACGGAAAGGUGGCGCUCGCUGGCAACAGCUGGCUAGCCAUGUCUCAGUGGUUCAUUGCGGCGGAGCAGCCUCCUCAUCUGGCCGCCUUUGCCCCAUGGGAGGGAGCCAGUGACUUCUACCGGGAUACACUUUGCCGCGGUGGCACACCCUAUCCUUAUCAGCGGUUUUGGAAGAUUCUUGAAUCAUCGAUGAUCGGUCGGGGCCAGGUAGAGGCAAUCACCGAUAUGCUCACUCGGUAUCCGCUGUACAACGAGUACUGGGAGGACAAAAGAGCUAAACUGGAUCGCGUGAAGGCUCCGUGCUACGUACUUGCCAGUUACUCGACCUCUCUUCAUACCAGCGGCUCGAUCGGGGGAUACAAUGCCUUGGGAUGCCAGGAUAAAUGGUUGCGAGUGCACCCCAAGCAAGAAUGGUCUGAUCUAUAUUCAGAUGAAAGCACAGAGGAUCUUCGCAAGUUUUUGGAUUUCUACACCAAGGAUAUCCAAAAUGACUGGCCAGCGACGCCCCGGAUCCGGGUUUCUUUAUUGCCUUUUAAUGAGGCACCGAUUGACAAUAAACCGUUUCCGGCGUAUCCCGUGCCCCAGACUCAAUAUACCAAGCUGUUCCUGACCGAGAGCGGCGACCUCUCCCCUCAACCACCCUCCUCGUCGUCUGAGUUGUCUUAUCUAUCGGAUUUUGUCCCCACAAAGCCCGAUCACAAUUCCGAGGAACUCAUCUUUACCUACAAAUUCGGAAAGCCAACCUGGCUGCUCGGAUACAGCAAGGUUAUUCUACACCUCUCGGCAGAUAUCCCGCAAGACUUGGACGUAUUCGUCCAGUUGCGGAAAAUGGACAAGUCUGGGGCAAUUUUACAACACAUGAACGUACCACUUAAACAACUGGUGCCACCCAAACGCAGCCCUGACGAGGUGUCCAAUACUUGCUUCCUCAAAUACCUUGGGCCCACAGGGGCUCUCCGAGCCACUCACGCUAGAACCAAGAUUCCUUCUUCUGACCCGAACGCAUGGCCAAAGUAUCGCAAUGACAAAAAAGAGGCCGCGGUAAAGGCAGGUCAAGUAUAUCGCCUAGAAGUUCCUAUUUGGCCAGCUGGCAUUACUUUUGACACUGGGGAAUUUUUGGUGCUAAAGGUGGCGGGUCACUAUAUGAGCAUGAUGGAGUUUGAUUUCUUGAAUCACCACCCUGACAUCGAGAAUAAGGGCCCACACACGCUUCAUCUAGGGGUUGAGGAUGGAAGCUACUUGGUUGUUCCCCUGGUUGAGCCCUUUUAA